AGAUGAAUACGUACUCGAGGGAGAAAAUUUGCAGGCGUACGAUGAUGUCUGGAACAACGUUUGCCCCAAAAGUUGUGUUACAACUAUCCUCGAAAUCGAACCCGAUUAGCAUGCCGGUGAUAGGACUUGGCACUGGUGGGGCGCUUAACGAUGGCGAUGUGGUAAAAGCUGCAAUUAUAGAGGCUAUGAAAGUGGGUUACAGACACUUCGACACUGCAACACUUUAUGGGUCAGAGCAUGCUCUUGGAGAAGCCAUCGCUGAAGCUCUUCAACUUGGUCUCAUAUCCUCUAGAGACGACCUUUUCAUCACUUCCAAGCUCUGGUGCAGCGAUAAUCAUCCUCAUCUUGUUCUUCCUACUCUACGCAAAUCACUUCAAGCUCUUAAAUUAGAUUAUUUGGACCUUUAUUUAAUCCAUUGGCCCAUGAGUGCGAAACCUGGAAACUCGGAUAAUUGGCCUUAUGCUGAAGAGCAAUUGACGCCAUUUGACUUAAAGGGUGUGUGGGAAGCAAUGGAAGAAUGUCAUAAUUUGGGCCUCACAAAAUCAAUUGGAGUCAGCAAUUUCUCUUGCAAGAAACUCCAAAAUCUACUCUCUUUUGCUACUAUACCUCCUUCUGUCAAUCAAGUGGAGAUGAAUCUUGUUUGGCAGCAAAAGAAUCUAAGAGAAUACUGCAAGGAAAAGGGUAUAAUCAUAACUGCUUAUGCUCCUUUGGGAUCCAGAGGGACCAAAUGGGGAACCAAUGAAGUUAUGGACUGUGAACAGACCAAGCAGAUUGCACAAGCUCAUGGCAAAACUGCUGCUCAGGUAUGUCUUAGAUGGUUAUAUGAGCAAGGUGUGACUUUCGUACCGCAGAGUUGUAAUAAAGGGAGAUUAAAGGAAAAUAUGGAGAUAUUUGAUUGGUCACUCACAAAAGAUGACUAUGAAAAGAUUAGCCAAAUCAAACAGGACCGUUGUUUCAAAUACGGACCAGCUGCAUUCCCGAUUCCUGACAUAUUCGAUGAUGAAACUUAAGUACAAUAUCAGCUUCAAUAUUUCAUUUUCCUUGUUUGGGACACAAUAAAAGGAUGAAGUAUUGAACAUUGAAAAACAGCCUUUCUUUAAAAUGCCGUUUUAAAAAACUCAAUAUUGAAAUCCUUGGUUUCACUUUCUCUGUGAAGUUUGUUUACAGCACUGUUAUGCUCUUCUUUCAUGUCCGAGAUUGUGUAAUAAGUUGUAUUCUAGUUGUAAUUCUAGCUAGAUGAAUCCAAUAAAACAGACUGUUUAUAGUUUAUUCAGUUUUACCCUCACAUGGUACAUUCCUGCAACAUAUGAGUCAGUCGUUCCUUGCCCUUUGUUGUGCCCUUAAUACUCUUGAAAAUAUUACCUUAGUAUAGAUAAUGUAAUUUUAUAUAGAAUAUAUUACUUCUAAAGGGAGUGAGGAAGGAUGUAUUGCAAUUUGCAACAACGACUAAUAUGAAAAUUUUCCAUAACUUUAAAC